GGCUACUUCGGCGCCAACUGCGACACCAAGUGUCCUCGGCAGUUCUGGGGUCCCGACUGCAAGGAGAUGUGCAGCUGCCACCCCAACGGGCAAUGCGAGGACGUGACGGGCCAGUGCACCUGCAACCCCAACCGCUGGGGUCCCAAAUGCGAGAACGUCUGCCUCUGCAAGCACGGCAAGUGCGACCAGAAGACGGGCAAAUGCACCUGCGAGCCCAACUGGUGGGGACCCCAGUGCUCCAGCUCCUGCUACUGCAGCCACAACUCCCAGUGUGACCAGCAGACGGGCAACUGCCUGUGCCAGCCGGGCUGGUGGGGCCGCGGUUGCAACAACCAGUGCUCCUGCAACAACUCGCCCUGCGAGCAGUUCACGGGGCGCUGCCAGUGCCGGGAGCGGACGUUCGGGCCCCGCUGUGACCGUUACUGCCAGUGCUACAAGGGCAAGUGCAACCAGGUGGAUGGGACCUGCACGUGCGAGCCGGGCUACCGGGGGAAGUAUUGCCGCGAGCCGUGCCCGGCUGGCUUCUAUGGCCAAGGCUGCAGGAGGCGGUGAGUGGCCGGACCCUGUNACAGCCUGCGGCCGUGCACCGUGGCGGACGGGCGCUGCCUGACCUGCGAGGCGGGCUGGAACGGCACCAAGUGCGACCAGCCCUGCUCGCCUGGCUUCUACGGGGAGGGCUGCGAGAAGCUCUGUCCCCCCUGCAAGGACGGCCACACCUGCAACCACAUCAACGGCAAGUGCUCCCAUUGCAACCCAGGCUGGAUCGGAGACCGGUGCGAAACCAAGUGUCGGAACGGGACAUACGGGGAGAACUGCGCCUUCGUCUGCAGCGACUGCGUCAACGGGCAGUGCCACUUUGAGACCGGCCGGUGCCUCUGCCGCCCUGGCUCCCACGGCACCUACUCCAGCCAGGACCCGGCAGCAGCCAAGAAGCCGCCGAGACGCUUGUGUGGGCGUUUCAGUCGGAUUAGCAUGAAGCUCCCUCGCAUCCCCCUGCGCCGCCAGAAGUUACCCAAGGUCGUGGUGGCCCACCACGACCUGGAGAACACCCUGAACUGCAGCUUCAUCGAGCCGCCCUCCGUGGUGGAGCAGCCUUCCCCAUCCUGGUCAUCCCGCGGCUCCUUCUCCUCCUUUGACACCACGGAUGAGGGGCCGGUGUACUGCGUCCCCCACGAAGAGAGUGUGGGCGACAGCAGGGACAGGGGGACACCUGCCAGCCUCUGGGACAAGCUGGUGGCCCCAGCCGGCGGGGAGGAAGCGGGCGAAUACACCUUCCUGAAGGAGACGGGCUCCAUCAGAGCCUUCCCGGCCGACAGCAGCGAAACGCCCCUGCUCAAGUCCUCGGACAGUGAGCGUUCCUCCUGCGGCUCGGGCUCGGCCGGUGCCGCGCUCUAUGCCCGGGUUGCCCGUCUCUCCAAGCAGUCCAAGGAGGAGGAGGAUGCUGUCAUGGAGCCCCGCAGCCCUGGGAAGCCCUCGCUGCCGGCGCCCAGCCGGUCCCCGGAGCGAGUGGCCGUCCAGUCUGGCAGCCCCGAGCAAGGUCAGGGCUUGGCCAAGAGGAAGAGGAGCCCAAGCGAGACGUCAGCCAGCGUGCAGGGUAGGACGGAGGAGAAGGGCGGCACGCGGGGCAAGGAGAAAGUGCAGAAGCAACCGAAGGAGCCCGGUGUCCCUGAGGGCAAAGCCAGCCUCGCCGGGGAGCCCCAGUCGCCCUCCAAGCCCAGGCAGAGGAGCAAAGGCAGCUCAGAGCCAACAGAGAGCAUCAACGGGGCAGUGCAGAACGCCUUCCGAAAGAUGAGCGCCUUCCAUCCGGUGCUGCUCAGGGUCAAGAUCAAGGCCCUGCUGCUCAGAGUCUGGGGUCAAGACAACCCUCCCCAUGCCCAGACACCACUGGGCUUCAACUCCCCCUCAAAAUGGCCUUGGGAAGAGAGCAACAGCCCCAGCGAGGCGCUGAAGAUGGCUGUGGAGCAACGAAUUCGAGAGGAACAGCGAAUGAUGGAUGAGAAGAUAGUCUUGGAACUGGACCAAAAAGUGAUAGACCAGCAGAGCACUCUGGAGAAGGCUGGGGUGUCUGGCUUCUACAUCACCACCAACCCACAGGAGCUGACUUUACAGAUGAAUUUACUGGAGCUGAUUCGGAAGUUACAACAGAAGGAAUCCGAGUCCGAGAAGGCUUUUUCCUGA